CACCUUACGUCGCUCUCCCGCCGACGACAUUCCGGUUAGAGGACCCCCUUCUGCCCCUAGAUCCUUGCCGGAUACGCGAGGGAGCUCCUCUGUGCCCAUCGCGGCGGAAGUACAACGUACGUAUCUUCCAGACAUCAUGACAGCCGUCCUCAUGCCAACGUCGACCGGCCUCUAUGCACACGUCUAUUAUGCCUGCGUGUUUACCCUCAGGCUCACAUAGGCGGCCGCCAUUGCCUCCCCAGAGUGCCAUCUACCGGGAGGGUUCAAGACAGACUUCGGAUGGUACUAGUCGUCCUGCCCGCACGUCUGCUGGUGACAUGCUGGGUAACUCAAUGCACGAGCGCGGUCCAAGGACUGCUCACACAGAAAACGAUAUCAUGCUUUCCGAUUAUCACUCAUCACAACCCGUGUCAACGCGCGGCCGGACUUCACUACCACCCAAGAAAGAUGACAGUCCUGAUCGUAUUGAACGUGACCCUCCUCACAAUUCUCGCCGUGGCAAGUCUCGAGGGAAAGCCGCGCAGGUUAUUGAUUCCUACGCUCCGAAUGAGUCUUCUAUAUCGCGGGAGCGUGAUUCUGACAGCAUGGAUAUUGAUGACGCUCAGCAUAGGCCUUCUGACCUGACAAGGUACCCUGCGCGGCUGCCACUGGCGGGGGACGAACUCAAAAAUCGCACCGAACGGAACCCAAGGUCCGGGAAGGAAUCGAUUGAGCCUGGGCAACGGAGAGGGCCUCCCUUCCCUGAACAUCCCCACCCCGAGUCUUCCGCUACUGUUCGUUCAGCCCCCGCGAAGGAUGAGGAUGGUCACCAUCCGGUGAGGGAUUGUACAUAUUCUCAAACUAGCACACGCCUUCCACCGACCGCGCCAGGUGUGCGUCUGUCUGGGACGAAUAACAUACCGAUCGGUUCACGAAUCAAGUUCAAUGCUUCGGCCCCGUCGCAGAAUACACGACCCCCUGUUAUUUCUACGAGCAAUGCGGAACCGCUGAGCAACCUUGCACGCUCUGCUGCUAGAGAAGGACUGCGGCCCGCCUCUGAUGUUGAUAUGACUGGUCCGCAGAACGUCGAACAACGACGCCCCCCAACAGCUGCACUUCAGUUAGCAGCUAAUGAGCCGUCUGCCACAUCUCCUAUCGCAUCCACGCGACUUGUGAAGACCAGAUUCGGGCCUCCCAUUAACAGGGACGCUUCUAACGGUACACGCCGAGAUGCCUCCCCGGAGAGCCCCCGAUCAUUUUAUCACCCUCCUGAUGAUGCUUCUCGUGCAACGCCGCCACCUACGUCUAGAGAGUCGUCGAUCUUGCGUAUAGAGAGGCCUGACACCCAGGGUGGUCUGUCUCGGCACGCCGAUACCGGCGCCCACGUUUAUGUCUCCGAUAAAGUGCGCUCCCCUACUACCUUUACCCGUUCCCCCCCUCCACACAUGCCCGAGCAACUUGACGAAGGAGGGGGACGAAUAAACCAAAAACGCGAUGUCCCCGCUCCAACGCUGGCGCAUAGAAGGCGUACAAUGGACACAUAUGUCCCGGAGCGUACCAAAGAGUUUCAAGAUGCCCAGGGGGAUCAUUACGUCGUUCAGCCGCUUCCGACGAUGGACACCACCCGGUUUGGAGAUCGCGCGGAGAGGGGACCUGUCAUGCACCCCGAGCGCGCUCUCCUACUUCAUCAUGGACUUCCACCAAGACCUCAAGUAGACGUACCGCGAUCGCAUUCUGGCAGACCGCCCCGCCGUGACAAAGCCGACAGCCAAACAGAGUCAUCCAGAGGCGGGCGUAGACUACAACCGCCUUUGCAGCUACCUGGCCGUCCAUCCGAAGUUACCCAUGUUAGUCCAGGUCGUGGUGGGUCCCUCUUGGACCGCCUAGCCCCUGGUGGUGGUGAGAGGUCGACAAUCGUGCCUACGAAGAGAGACCGAGAGAUGAUGUCUGGCGGUACGCUGAUAGAUCAUGAUGGUGACGGAUCCGACAACCAGAAGCGUGCCAGGAGGCGGAGCAUGAAGUCAAGGAAAUCUAAAUUUUCUCAAUGAGUUGUUGAUGUGUCGUAGGCGCCACCUUAUCCUUGCAUAUUAUUGUCUUUCUUUUAUCGAC